AUGUGUGAUACGAGCUUUGAUUUUUCCAAUUUAACUCCCCUAGAGAAACAUAUAAAAGACAAGAAGCUCGCCAUAGAUCUUCUGAAAGUAUCGGAUAAUACAUACAUGGGACACCGAGAUAGCGAGCUGUCGAAAAUCAACGAAUUUGUGAACGGAUGCGUCGAGUCUAAUUCCGGAGGAAGUAUGUUCGUAUUUGGAAUGAGCGGAACAGGGAAAACGACGACAGUCGAGCACGCGUUGUCGAAGUGUUUGAAGAAAAAAAGUAAAGUUGGAGCCAUAAACAUGAGAGGGAGCACGUUUAUUAGCCUGAAAGCGUUUAAAACUGCGUUUUUCAAAAAUGUGCUCAAGUUAAAGCCCGCGAUGGUCUCAAGAAUGCUUAACAUGUCGUCGCACGGAAGAAUACAGAAUUACGCAAAGUUCGCAGACAUCCUCGUCGAGAACUUUAAGACGCCGAAGCACCUGAGGAUAUGCUUGAUCGAUGAAGUGGACUACCUGAGCACGUUCAUAUCGAACCUGAAGGGCUACGACAAGUCGAACUGGCUGCUGCAGGCGCUGUUCAGAGCAGCGUCAUCAGAGGGAAGCAGAGUGGCGAUAAUAGCGAUCUCGAACAACCUGGAGUUUGCGACAAAAAUUAAGUCGGCGAACUGCCAGCGGCUGCUGUUCAAGCCGUACAACGAGAACCAGAUGGUGAACAUAGUCUUGGAAAAGAUAAAAGCGCUGGAAGGAGGAGAAAGCGAAGUGCUAAACAGGACGUCGCUGCUGCUGCUGGCGAGGCGAGUGGCGAACACGUCAGGGGACUGCAGAGCAUACCAGGAUUCGUUCAUAAGGGCACUCUCGAACAGUUUAAGUAGCCUGGAAAAGGACACACUAUCAUCGUUAGAGACUGCGUCGGGACCAGACUCACUGACGGCAUCAGAUCUUACGUCAUCGCCAUUUUCACGCACAACAUCGCUAAAAUCGCUUCAGAAUAGCAACAGCUUAGAUAGCAUUGAUAGUUUUAGAAACGAUGGUCCCAGCAGUAGAGAUGAUCUUAACAACAAUACUGGUAACAAUACUGGUAACAAUACUGGUAACAAUACUGGUAACAAUACUGGUAACAAUACUGGUGGCAAUAGCGACAACACUGGUGUAAACGGACCCAGGUAUAUGAGCAAUAGCGAUAACGCAGACGAUGGAGACAUGACAAAAACGCCCGUCAGAAACCUGAGAGCAAUAAACUUGAACAAUUACAAUGUGGGCAACAAGGAAAUUGGAAUAGUGACACCAACGUUGUCACUGAAUAAAAGGGAGCAGCUGAAGAAUCAACUAUCAGGACUGCCAAUAUUUCAGCUGAUUUUGCUACUGGCAGUAUGUAAAUCGAGCAUAGUGUUGGACGAGAUAGUGAUAUCACCAAACGAUGCAAAGAGGUAUUUCCUGGAACUGGCUGAAAUACUUAAAAUGGACAACACGGAGGCAGAAAACUUCUGCAACUCAGAGUUUGAAAACAGCAUGGAUAACUUCAGGCAACUAUCGCUGAUAGCAAAAAACGAAAUGGUGUUUAAGACUGACCCUAAGAAUUUGGCAAAGAUCGUGCUGGACUGUUCACUAAUCGACCUGGAGUUAGAGGACAUCUGCGACCCGAAUCUGUCACUAACGAAGCGCUACAGCAGUUUAACAAAGACCCUGAGCUUCAUAACCACUAACAAAAGGGCGAAGAGGAGGCUAUGGUUCAUGAGGAUUGUAAGUAGCAUAGCAUGA